CAAAAAAAACCAACAAAAAUAAACAGAGGCUAUAUUUGUCAAACGUGUUUUUGGAGAGUUAGAUUGCCGAGGUAAUAAGAUACAGAAAAUGCCAAGGGGUGCCCGCUUGACUGACAUUAGAAGACAUGCAAGACUUUCAACCCCAUAUCAUCUAACAGCCGGCCAACAAGGUCAUGAUGAGAGACAUGAUUCGGCGUUAAUUGCACCUUGCAUAAGAUUAAGUAAUAUUAGAAGGCAGGCUAGACAAGCCUCGCGUCUGAAAAAUACAUCUCCAGCAAUUCCUAGAGACGAUUUACAACAAAAUUCUACCAUACCCACUACUGCAAUUGUUACCCAUACACGGACAAGACAAGCCUCCCAUCCAACAAAUACAUCUCCAGCAAUUCCUAUAAACGGUGGGCAACAAAAUUCUACCAUACCCACUACUCAGAUUGUUACCCGUAGAUGGACAAGAAGCAACCACAAUCGCGCCAGAAACUAUGUUAACACAAGAAGAAUGACAGUACACAUGCUACCACAACCCACAAUAUGUGACAAAUGUGGUGCUAUGUUGUUUUCAUCUGAAACCAAGGAAAUGUGUUGCAAGAAUGGAAAAGUUUCAUCGCCACCACUUCGGACACCUGUCGAAUUAAGGAUGUUAUAUAAUGAUCAAAGUGAUGUUGGGAAGCAUUUUCGUCAAAACAUUAAGAUAUACAAUCAUAUGUUUGCUUUUACGUCAAUGGGAGUUCACUAUGAUGCAGGUCUCGCCAAUGGUUGUGAUAGAAUAUACACUUUCAGAGAUCAAGGAGGGAUCUACUAUAGGAUAGGUAGUCUCCUACCUACUGGGCCAAUGCCAAGACCCAUGCCAAGGUAUUUACAAUGGUACAUAUAUGAUAGUGAUAGGGAAAUUGAACUUCGGAUGCUGGAAAAUACUGAAAUGCAGGUUACUAUGGUUGAAAGACUAAAGUUAAUUUUAGAUCAACAUAAUCCUUUUGUGCAUCAAUUUAGACGUUUGGCAAUGAGAAGGGACAUACCAAAAUGUAAAUUAGUGCUUAGAGAGCAGCCAUUAGGGGGCCAUCAGUUCAAUCUACCUACAUCAGAUCAGGUUGCAGCAAUAAUAGUAGGAGGGGAAGAUCUAACAAACGUUAAACCACGAGAGACCAUUGUUGAAACCACCGAAGGGAAUUUGCAAAUGAUUCCGGACACAAUCGGUUAUUUUGAUCCUCUCCAGUACCCGCUUUUACUUCCAUAUGGGAACUACAGAUGGGAUUUGAACAACAUUAGUUCAGGCGGGCAACGAGUUAGAGUUAGUUGUCGAACAUUUUAUUCGUAUAUGCUUCAGGUAUAA